AUGGUGGCCCGCUUGCUCGCUCGGCAUGGAGGCGGCGGCGGCGGGCGGCGCUGGCCGCGGGCGGCCGCCUGGCUGUGGUUGGCGGCGGCGCUGGGCGCCGUGUGGCCACCUCGGGGCUCACUGGUGCAGGGCCGGCGGCUGAUCUGCUGGCAGGCGGUGUUGCAGUGUCAGGGGGAGCCCGAGUGCAGCUACGCGUACAACCAGUACGCCGAGGCGUGUGCCCCGGUGCUCCUGCAGCAGCAGCCGUCGGCGGCGGGCGGCGGGGACGGCCCGGCGGGCGCUGCAGGCGCGCCCGCCUCCUCCAGGCGGCGGUGCCCCAGCCACUGCAUCGCGGCGCUCAUCCAGCUCAACCACACCCGGCGCGGCCCGGCGCUGGAGGACUGCGACUGCGCGCAGGACGAGAACUGCCGCGCCACCAAGCGCGCCAUCGAGCCCUGCCUGCCCCGCACCACCAGCCCCGCGGGCGGCGGCCCCGGCGGCCCCGGCCCCGGCGGCCCCGGCGUCAUGGGCUGCACGGAGGCGCGGCGGCGCUGCGACUGGGACAGCCGCUGCAGCCUGGCGCUGAACCGCUACAUGACAUACUGCGGGAAGCUGUUCAACGGGCUGCGCUGCACGCCCGAGUGCCGCGCCGUCAUCGAGGACAUGUUGGCCGUGCCCAAGGCCGUGCUGCUCAACGACUGCGUCUGCGACGGGCUGGAGCGGCCCAUCUGCGAGUCGGUCAAGGAGAACAUGGCCCGCCUCUGCUUCGGCGCCGACAUGGGCGGCAACGGCGCGGGCAGCAGCGGCGGCUCGGACGGAGGCCUGGAGGAGUACUACGACGAGGACUACGAGGAGGAGCCGAGCCAGAAGGGGAGGGACGACGCGGAGGACAAUGCGGGCGCCGAGCCCGGCUUCCCCGUGCAGGCGGAUAACGCCGGCCGGCCCGCCGGGGCGGCCGGGGCGCUGCUCGCCUCCAUCUUGGUGUCGCUGCUGCCGCGGCUCUAGCAUCCCUCCCUUCCCGCACCCUUCCCUUCCCGCUUCCCAUUACUGAUUCCCUCUAUCACUGCCUGCAUCCCCUUCGCCGGGCCGGGCCGGGCCGGGCCAGGCCCCCCGCGCCGAGCCGCCGCGGGCCUCUAGUCGAGCCCUCCCGCGGCGGCCGGGGAUCCGGCCGGCGGGGCCCCUCGGCGCGGAGCGGCUUUAAACGCUCCGGCCGUGGAUUCCCCGGCCCAUCGCCCCGGCGCCCCGUCCCCUCGCGUCCCUCCCUGUGUCUCCGCUGCUGCCCGCAGCCCCGGCCGACCCCUUCUCCCGGCCCGGCGCUGCGAACCGGCCGCUGGAGCGGUGGCCGGAGCGCAGGGGCCGCUCGUGUUUCGGGUGUUGGUCUCGAGUGUGCACUAUGCAAUUGCUGCCACCCUGCCUUCGUGUUGCCAGCGAGCAGAGCGGCUGACAGAAACUGCGGGCGAGGCCGCCAGCCGCCCCCCGGACAAACCGGGAGUCAUGGCAUGCUGGUACUGGGGGUCUUUUAAGCGUUUUGACAUGAAGGUUAGUAAGAGGUGAGCAACCCAAACUUGCUGCCAAAGCGUUGCCGUACUAGUUAGUCAGCAACUUGAUUAUCAUUAGCCGCGUCUCGCUCUUCGUGAUGCAGUGGUGCCCGAAAGGGGCUUAUGCCGCAUCUGCCAUUAAUUAAAUUUAGGGAAAUAGCAGACUGAAUAAAUUCGGUGGUUUACAGCACUCCCUCUUGCACACACAUAUUCCCUAUAACAAAAGCGUGCCAGCAGCUGUCUCUUCCUCUGUAACCUAGCGACAUUAAAAAAAAAAUUGUUUCGGAGUUGUUGGCUAUACUGAACAAUGCAACUUUUGUUUUAAAAGAGCUCUGCACUGCCAUCUUUGAAAGACACUUUUGAACUCGAGAACAUGUAUGUACAAAUAUCCUGAAAAGUUUUAUUGCCUCGUCAUAUCAGGGUGCUGACCUCUGGUAAAUCUUAUAUUAAAAAAGUAUUUAAAACUGGGAUUUGUUACCAGUCGCUCUUCAUUGUAUAUAGAAUUUUAUAAAUUGUAUGCUUUGGGGAUAAUUUAUUUAAAAAAAUAAUAAAAAGUUUUAAUUCCACAUCCUAUUUGCCAGGUAGCUGCAUUUGCUGUUUGUUUCUGGAAAGGUACAGAUUUCACUUUAUGUUUAAAGGGAUACCAGCAACUGUGAUUAAGUGAAGUAUUCUCUAGAACAUCAAAUGUACAGUGUAUUUUACAGAUUGAAAGUUAACUUUCUUAUUUGGAAAGACUUUAUGAACGUUUUAGAAUUGUAUAAACACGUUUCUGAGCUGCCUUAAACCUUGUAUUUUUUAUAGAAGGCAUAAAAAAGGCCUGUCUUUUAAAUAUGUAUGGCUUUUUGUAUUUUCUAAACCUGUAAAUUAGUAAAGAAAGAGCUUUAAAUAAUGGAUACAGUGAAAUUGUUUUCCAGGGACGAACUCUCAGCACCUGAGAUGUGGGGGUGGGGGAAGAGAGGCGGGGAUCAAACCACAGAAUAACAAACCAAAAAACAGUCAAAAAACAAAUAUCUGUGUCUGCCUGUAAUACUUCACAUAGAUGUAAAUUACUGCUAUUCUUACUUUAAUGGAUAAUUACAUGCAAGAAGUAAAUACAGCUUUGAAAGUA